AUGAACGUAUUACUUAAAGAUGGUGAAGGUUUAAAGUACCUCAGCCAGAAAUUCACAAACAUCAGUACCGCUAAAUCGAAGAAAGAGAUUUUCGUGGGAUCUCAGGUUCGUGAAGUUCUCCUGCAGCGUCAUGCAUCUAUUGAAUACAAAUGGAACUUGAAGAAGACUUUCUUUCAGUCAGUUACAGCGCUUUUCCGAGACUCGUUCCAACAGUUCAGGACUCCUUCCAACAGUUCAGAGACUCGUUCCAACAGUUCAGAGACCUUGAUCCAACAGUUCAGAGAUCCUUCCAACAGUUCGGAGACUCGUUCCAACAGUUCUGAGACUCUUCCAACAGUUCAGAGACUUGUUCCAACAGUUCAGAGAUCUCUUCCAACAGUUCGGAGACUCGUUCCAACAGUUCAGAGACUCUCACAACAGUUCGAGACUCGUUCAACAUUCAGAGACUCCUUCCAACAGUUGGAGACUCCUUCCAACAGUUCAGAGACUGUUCCAACAGUUCAGAGAUCUCCUUCCAACAGUUCUGAGACUCGUUCCAACAGUUCUGAGACUCCUUCCAACAGUUCAGAGACUCGUUCCAACAGUUCAGAGAUCUCCUUCCAACAUUCAGAGACUCCUUCCAACAGUUCGGAGACUCCUUCCAACAGUUCAGAGACUUGUUCCAACAGUUCAGAGAUCUCCUUCCAACAUUCAGAGACUCUUCCAACAGUUCAGAGAUCUCCUUCCAACAGUUCGGAGACUCGUUCCAACAGUUCAGAGACUGUUCCAACAACUUCACAGACUUGUUCCAACAGUUCAGAGAUCUCCUUCCAACAUUCGGAGACUCCUUCCAACAGUUCAGACCUUCCAACAGUUCAGAGAUCCGUUCCAACAGUUCAGAGAUCGUCCAAUAGUUCGGAGACUCGUUCCAACAGUGCAGAGACUCCUUCCAACAGUUCCGGAGACUCCUUCCAACAUUCAGAGACUCCUUCCAACAGUUCAGAGAGUCGUUCCAACAGUUCGGAGACUCCUUCCAACAGUUCGGAGACUCCUUCCAACAGUUCGGAUACUCCUUCCAACAGUUCGGAUACUCCUUACAACAGUUCGAGACUCGUUCCAACAUUCGGAGACUCGUUCCAACAGUUCGGAGACUCCUCCCAACAGUUGAGAGACUCGUUCCAACAGUUCAGAGACUCCUCCCAACAGUUGAGAGACUCGCUCCAACAGUUCAGAGACUCCUCCCAACAGUUGAGAGACUCGCUCCAACAGUUGAGAGACUCGUUCCAACAGUUCAGAGACUCGUUCCAACAGUUCGGGGACUUGUUCCAGUUAUUGGAAGCACCAG